UGAUUUUGUUUUAUUUUAUAUUUCAAAAUAUAUAAAACUGCCUUUUAUAUAUUGUAAACACAUCACACCAUUGACCUCUAUAAUGUUUGAUAAACUCUUGAUUAUGCAUGACGCAAACAUUUAGUUAGGGACGGAAAAAAGGCUGAAACCAGUUUCCAGGAACCUGCCCCGUGAAUCUCAGACAGUCCUCCUCAUUUUAAAAACGCCCCGCACGCGUGUCUGCGUUCACUCGCGCUCUCAUCCUCAGCUUUCAUUCAUACAGUAUUAUCAUCAAUGGUUGCGCUCUCUUUCAUGUGCAUGCACUGAUACUCUCAUCACUCAUGAAUAUUUCUGAGAGCAGAGCGGGUCUCGGCACAGUGCUGCCUCUCACUAGUUUCGAGAACGUGCUUUUGUUUCUCUUUAAUAUAAUUCUCGCCACCGCCAUUGUUUUUGUCAACGCGUCCGUGUUUAUCGCCAUCGUGAUAAGCCGAUCACUGCGGAACGAGAACCGCUUCAUGUACAUGCUCAGCACGUGUCUCAGCGACAUAUGCACGGGCGUCACGUAUUAUUAUGCGGGAGUUAUGAAUGUACGCGAUUAUUAUGACUCCCCAACUCGCACUUUCUUUCUCGCUUACAGUUUUAUGGGUCUGUCCUAUAUAGCGAUUUUGGUCGCCCAAGCAGACCGCUACCACGCGGUCUCAGCGCCUUUCAAAUACUCGCAGCGCAUGACUCGAAACAGAACCCUGCUGGUGAUUCUGGGCUACUGGGUUUAUUCUUUUUUUAUAGUGGCUGUUAAUAAUUUGGUGCCUAUAGGUGUUGCUAUAAGAGUGACGUUCCUUGCUGCUUUUGUGAGUAACUUUUUCACCGUCAUUAUCAUGAUUGGGCUGAACUUCAGACUGUUCUUCAUUGCCAAAUUUCAGCUAGGACGCGAACCGCCGAGCGAGGAACGCGACAACAAGCGCGCGUCCAUUUAUCUCAUCAUAAUAGUAGCCGUGUGUUUUCUGAUCGCGUGGUUGCCCCUUUUUCUUUCUGUUAUUGUGUGUAAUUUUGCGGGGUCUUCAUGCUAUUCAUUCAAAAAUGAGGGCACAGACCCCCUGCGCAUUUUGGCGCGUCUCAAUGCAGUCACCACUCCUUUACUGUACAUCAGAGGCUGUACUCCACUCAGGAGCACCAUAAUGAUUAAAGUCUGGAGAAUACCAUGCUGCAAGAGUAAAGGAGUGAAGCCACAGAAUAUGGAGAAGACUGUAAACAAGAUGUAGCAUGGAUGUGACAAACUUCGAGUGACAUGACUUUUUAAAUUAAAGAGACUUCAAGAAUUCACUGGCCAAAAGAAAAAAGUUAUC